UCGUAUACAAUUUUCAGCAUCUAGGCUUCGGCAUCAUAAGUUGGAUAUAUUCGGCGAGGAAAAGGAACAAUUUACGAUAGAACGUAAAUAAAGCUUUAAAAUACAAAAAGUUUUGCCGCAAAAAGUGAAGAAAUAGUUUGCUGCAUAAUAGAGUUCAGUUUCAGCUAAAAUGGAUCGCAAUAACGAUCGGGAUCGGGGUAGGAGGCAUCGCUCUCGGUCACGUUCCCGCGAUAGGCGCCGCAGUCGGAGCCGAGGUGAGCGAAAACGUUCGCGAUCCAGGUCACCAUACCGGAAGGGUCGAUCUCGCCGCAGGAAGCCAUCGCUCUACUGGGAUGUCCCACCGCCAGGCUUCGAGCAUAUUACCCCGCUGCAGUAUAAAGCUAUGCAGGCGGCUGGACAAAUUCCGGCCAAUAUUGUAGCGGACACUCCGCAGGCAGCGGUACCGGUCGUAGGUUCCACGAUUACUCGCCAGGCCCGUCGUUUGUACGUCGGAAACAUUCCCUUCGGUGUAACCGAAGAGGAAAUGAUGGAGUUCUUCAACCAACAGAUGCAUCUCUCCGGGUUAGCUCAGGCCGCCGGAAAUCCGGUGCUCGCGUGUCAGAUAAAUUUGGACAAGAAUUUUGCUUUCCUCGAGUUCCGCUCAAUCGAUGAGACCACCCAAGCGAUGGCUUUCGAUGGGAUCAAUUUCAAAGGGCAAAGCUUGAAGAUCAGGCGACCGCAUGAUUAUCAGCCGAUGCCUGGUAUGACGGAUUCGGCAGCCAUUCCUGUUCCGGAGAAAUUCUCCGGAGUCAUCAGUACAGUGGUUCCCGACUCGCCACAUAAAAUUUUCAUCGGUGGUUUGCCAAACUACCUGAAUGAGGACCAGGUUAAGGAACUGCUGCUAUCAUUCGGUCAGUUAAAGGCUUUCAACUUAGUCAAAGAUCCUGCGACUGGUUUGAGCAAGGGCUACGCAUUCGCUGAGUAUGUGGAAUACACCAUAACUGAUCAGGCUAUUGCUGGUUUGAAUGGUAUGCAACUUGGUGACAAGAAGCUGAUCGUACAACGCGCGAGUGUCGGAGCGAAGAACUCCAACGUGGCAGCCGUGGCUCCGGUUCAGAUUCAAGUCCCUGGACUUUCGCUGGUUGGCUCAUCAGGUCCACCGACGGAGGUGCUUUGCCUUCUGAACAUGGUGACACCGGACGAGCUGAAGGACGAGGAAGAGUACGAGGACAUCCUGGAAGAUAUUAAGGAAGAGUGCAACAAGUAUGGUGUUGUGCGAAGCGUGGAAAUUCCCCGGCCUAUUGAAGGGGUCGAUGUGCCGGGCUGCGGCAAGGUCUUCGUGGAAUUUAAUUCAAUCGUUGAUUGCCAGAAGGCACAGCAAGCGCUUACCGGGCGUAAGUUCAGUGACCGAGUCGUUGUCACGUCAUACUUUGACCCGGAUAAGUAUCAUCGUCGUGAGUUUUAAUUUAUCUGCUCCUCUGUGGAAAAUCAUCUACACAGAAGCGGGUAACACAAUGGGGGCCUCUUGAUCGUGCAUUUUCAGUUUGGGGCCCUCGAACACAAAACAGCAUUCGCUGUUAAUAGCGUAUGUAAUAUAAAUUCAGUGGAGGGUUCAUUACUUUCAAAUUAUACACUCGGGAAAGACAGCAUACAAUGUGCGGGAGAAUGAUGGAAAAAAGCUACAAACAGCCGCAAAACACACCUAAUUAUGCAAGGUUUUGCUUGUUUAUUUCAAUCUCCAAAGUUUUAUUGCAAAAGUUACGCUCUAGGUUUAUAUCUGCAAUCAAUUCAUUAUUAUUAAUAAUAAUGCGUCUUACAAGCUUGUGACGCAAAAACUAACUAAUACUUCAAGAUUUGUUAUUACAAGGACCCAAACUCGGAGAAAAUCUUUUGAAAAUACAAUAAAUGAUAGCAAACAAUAAACUGGUAAAUUCAUACGGUGUGAACUAAAUCCAGAGAGCGUGUACACGUACAAUCCGGCAAAUACAGGCGCGAAUAAUAACGCGGCAAGAUGAUGAUGGUACACGCGCAAACAAAACUUUUUCAAUUAAGUAUAUCUUUCUGCUUGCGUGGGUAUUUGUGGGUGCAUCAUCACGCUUGGUUCGUUCCAGGGAUGGGUUGCAACUGACAGUUUGCCACGCAGCGGAGACGUGUCUUAAUUGAAAUCUUUCUUGUGUACGCAAAUAGUCUCAAAUGUGUCUGCUGCUCCAGCUGGUGGAACCUGCGCGUGACAGCAGCAACAGUUGAAAGCUCCUCGGAACGCUUCGUUUUCGCUGGAUUUAACAAUUCUGUGUCGCUCGAGUAUAUGUGUAAUUUGAAAUAACUUUAGCAACUAGAUUAGCGAUGAAAUUGAGGAUCUGUGGUGAAGAAAUAAAGAGGAAACUGCACAUUUCAA